UUCGGUCAUGUGUGUUUUGAAAAGUUUAUGCGCAUGUGAGUGAAUGUAAAGUGAUAGUCUAGGGGUGUUUAAUUGUAAAUUUUUAUCUUAAAUACUAUUUUUGUAUUUAUUAAUUUUUGUACGCUUCUGCUACACAUCGUUACCGGUUCAUUUAACCAAGCGCCACAUUUGUAAUAUUUUUGUUCGUUAAAAUAGCUAACGAUAGCCCGUAUUUUCCCCCGUAGGACAACUUCUGGCUAUUUUGGCAGCUUAUCUUGAAGGGUACAACAGGGUCAUUUAUUUAGAAAAUUUUGGGGCGAUUGUUGAAGUCGCAAAAUGGUGUUUUUUACUUGCAACGCUUGCGGCGAAUCUCUGAAAAAAGCUCAAGUGGAGAAACAUGUGAACAUGUGCCGGGGUUGCCAGGUCCUCUCCUGCAUCGACUGUGGAAAAGAUUUCUGGGGCGAUGACUACAAGAAUCACAUCAAAUGUAUUAGCGAAGAUCAGAAAUAUGGAGGCAAAGGCUUUGAGGCCAAGGCGAACAAAGGAGAUGUGAAACAGCAGCAGUGGAUUCAGAAAGUCAAUGAGGCCAUGAACAAACCUGGAGUCAGUGCAAAGCUAAAGGAUGUCCUUAAACAAAUUAGUUCCUAUGAUAACAUCCCAAGAAAGAAGGCCAAGUUCCAGAACUGGAUGAAAAACAGUCUGAAAAUAAACAACACCGCUCUUCAUGAAGAAGUAUGGAACAUUCUUUCUGCAGCCGAUGCUGAGUCGGAUGUUCCUCCGCAGACCAAAAAAGACAAAGAGACUUCAGCUCAUGGGCACAUCAAUGGAACUGAAAAUGGCGAAACACAGGCAGAAAAGAAGAAAAUGAACAAAAGGGAGCGGAAAUUGGCUCGUCAGCAGAAAAAUGGCAAAGCCAAGGAGAAUGUAGAGGAGAUGGCUGCACCGGAACAAGUGGAAGAAAAGAAAGGAAAAAAGACCAAAAAGGACAGAAAAAGGAAACGUAGCAAUGAUGACACAGACGAAGAGCAAGAGUGCAAUGAUGAAAAUGAGAAAUCCAGCAAGAAAACAAAGAUUGCCAAAAAGACAACUGCUGAUGUUUCCAUGUCAGAAGAAACUGAGGACCAAACAGCUUCCAAAGGUAAAUUCAACUGGAAGGGAACCAUUAAGGCAGUGCUGAGAGACUCGCCUGACCAGGAAAUGUCACUGAAGAAAGUCAGAAAGAAGGUCUUGGCGGCAUAUUAUUCUUUUGCUGGUGAGGAAAACUUCAAAACCGAGGAGCAGGUGUAUGCACUCUUUAACAAGAAGAUCAACAACAAUCCCAAGUUUAGAGUCUUGAAAGACAAAGUUAAACUUGUGAAGUAAAUUUAUUAAUGCUGCUCAUAUGAUAUAAAAUGUACAGUGUUAAUAGACUUUUACAAACCUAAAGUCAGAAUUUUCUCUUUCUUUAUGUGGCUGUUUUACAGACUGACUGUUUUUAUAAAGCAACUAUGUACCCUA